AUGAAAAGAGUAUGGACUGAUUCACCAAUAAUAAAAGAUAUAUCACAUUUACUUCUAUCACCUAAUCAAAUUCUUAAUAACGAACUUAAUUCUAUUAAUAAUCAAGAUUUAAUUGAAUCAAUAGAACCAUUUAAUGAAUUAGCUGCUUAUUAUGCUCAGAUGGCAAUUAAAGAUCUUGAUUUAAAUAAACAACAUCAUCCAUUAUUAAAUGUAUGUCGUUCUCUUGUUUCAACUUUACAUGAAGGAGUAACAUGGCAUUCAACACAACUUCGUCUUAUUCAAUUAAUUGAACGUUCUCCUCGUUUAAAACCAUUUUUAAUCAUAUUAAAUAAACAUGGUUUACAUUUAAAAGAUAUUUUUAGUGGAGAAAAAAAUGGAUUAGAUAUAUUUGUUGGUGAUGAGGAAAUUGGAGAAACUUUUCAACAAGUUAAAACUCUUCUAAGUGCAACUAAAACACAACAAAUUUUUCAUUCGAUUUGUCAACAUUUACAAUUACAAUAUGAACAAACUAAAGAUAAUUCAUUUGAAAAUUAUCGAUGA